AUGGCUAACGUUCCAAUUGCUCAUAUCCAAUCCGACUUCGAGACCGAUUAUGAGAAUGGAGGUGAAUUCUACAUCAAUGUCGAUGUCUCCCCUAAUAGUGUUAUUGAAUACCGAGUCCACAUAGAUGCUGGCAGUGCAACUGAGGUUAGUAGGGUUGACAAUGGUUUACGUACAAUUUGCAAUGAUAGUAGUUUCACAAGGCAGAGCAAUGGAAGUUACAAAUUUGAAGUGAAUGGCAAAAUUUACUGGUUCAAGACACCUAAGAGGCUUGUCUCUACAGAGGAAUUAGGCAUUUCUGAAAGCCUAGAUCUUAUCUCAUGUGAUGCUUCAACAGACAAGAUAGUCAUUGGUGAUUCCGGAGGUGAUAUUAAUGUCUAUGACCAUGAGUGGAUGAGCAAGUUAUCACUAGUUGGCGCUCAUGUUAGUGACGUAACAACUGUCAAGAUCUUUCCAAGUAAUGCUGUGCUCCUAUCAGGGUCUACUGACAUGCAGCUUAAGGUGUGGUCUCUUGAAGAUGGGUCAAAUCCCAGGACCCUCAAGGGUCAUUCGGCUGGGAUCACAGACACCAUUAUUAUCGAGAGGGGCCGUAACGUUCUGUCAAGUUCGCUUGACGGUAGUGUAAGGUUAUGGGAGUUGGGCUCAGGUAAAACUAUUUCCAAGUUCUGCAGAAAGGAAAAUACCACUGAUGGGGUGACAUCCAUGUCGCUUUUAGUAGGAGAAGAAUCAACAAGCAUGUCGGCUCAAGUUACCGAUAGGGAAACAGGAGAUAGGCUGGAGUUUGGCACUGAAGGAAAGCAAGUUUUUGCUGGUCACUUAUCCGGUACGAUAACUGUUCAUGAUCUGUUUAAUAAGCAGCAAAUAUUACAAAUUCCAAGCUCGUUUGUGGCACCGUGUAACACCAUAGCACAAAUAAGUGAGCAUGCCAUAGUGUCUGGUUACGAAGAUGGGACAGUAGCUACUUGGGAUAUCCGAAAACCUCAACAGUAUUUACAAAAGCUGGAUUUCGCAGGUAACGCAAUAAACAAAAUCCUCAAUUGGAAAGAUAAGCUGUUUUUGUCGAGUGGCCUGGACAACACUUUCGAAAUAGCCUCGGACUCCGGAAAUGGCAAAAUCGAUAUCACUUCCGCGACACAUCUUGCCACAGAGGAGGUCAACAACUUCGUAAUCGUGCCAUCGGCACCCAGCAGUCGUUUACUUGCAGUAGGGAAAUGGGGUCUCUGCGGCAUAUACGAUAUCUGA